AUGGAGACGAAUUGCUUGAAUGAUCUGCUGUCUGCAAUCUUUGCUCAGGCAUCUGGAAUCUCGCACGCAGCAAUUCCAUCUACAUCAGCUUCAGAUCAUGCCAGUGCUCUCUUAUCAUUGAUUCGACAAGCAAGAUCACGCAUUGAUGCACUCUCUCUUAUUUCUUCAAAUGAUUCGAUUGAUGACCUGCCAACUUCGUCAUUGCGUGCUGUCUUGCUAGGAAGCGUAUAUGCUAACAUUCUCAGCACAAGCCGUACCAAACCGGGGGACUUUACUGCAAGAAAAGAUAUACUAAAGCAAUGCAAAGAUGCAUAUCGUUCUUUCCUGUCUCAGCUGGUCUCUCUAGGCAUACUAGAUCGCUCUUCAUCAAGCGAGUAUGUUCGUUCGCUUUUCUCACAGGCAGAAAUGGUCGUCAGGUCAGACAAGUCUCCCGUUCCAGAAGCAGCUGCGGCACGCAGAGCUGCAAGGAUAGCAGCAAUGAAGCUAGAACGAGCUCUGGUGAAUGCAUUGGAUACCUACCGAAACGCCGCUCGGGCUAAGUCUUCAGCAUCAGGUGCACUUCGGUCAACCAAUACCGGACUCGAAACGAGCAAGUCAUCAUCAGUCGCCUCUGCAGUUCCUGACACAGCUUUCGAUCUCUUGAUCCUUCCAAAAAGAAGCGGAGAUGACGAGGAUGGAGACGAAGAGAAAGAGGAGAAGAACGAUGCAUUUGUUGGAGGAUCACAGCAGGAUGAGAAUGGAGUAAAAACACCAACAAGCUUGCGUUCAUACUUGAUCAUGUUGUGCCAUCUUCAUGCUCUACAGUCAUUCUCAGCUUUGGAUUCGACAUUCACGGAAUUGACUCUACUCCAGUCAAUGCCAGCAGAUGCCGAAAGAGAGUCACAAGCCCGUGCAAAUCAGGAAAGACAAGAAGUGGAACGCAGAAGACAAGAAGGAGGUGAUAGUGACUGGCGCUUAGAUCAGCGAUGGGGCUCUUCCAACGAUGGUCCAUUGAUGGACAAGAAAGGUAAACCCUUAAGACCAUUCACUAUCUUGCCGGGCGAAGGUAACUCCAAUCGUGGCGCAGGCAGUCUAGGUACAGCUCAAAGUCAGCUUGACGAGCGAAGAAGACUUCAGUCUCAGGUCUUCCAGCAUAGUCAUCGCUUGCCAACAAUGACCAUCGAUGAAUAUCUUGAAGAAGAGGAAAGACGUGGAAACAUCAUCCAAGGAGGAGGACAGGCGUCUGCUGAUAAACCAACGACAAAAGAAACAUUGGCUCUACGAUCCGAAGGGUAUGGCGUCGGAACACGAGAGGCCGAAGAAGCAGAGGAAGAACAACGUCAAAAAGCAAACGAUUGGGACGAUUUCGCAGAAGCGAAUCCAAAAGGAGUUGGUAAUACAAUGAACAGAGGUUGA